AGCGAAGUCGAAUUAAUAAUCAUUUCAAAGGUUUGCGAAAUGCCUUUAUUUAAUCCUACUCUAUUUUAAAGCGGUGGCCGGUCGACUACCGGGUCGUUGUUUGGCAGGCGACUUUGAUUGUGGAUUCGGUCGCUGCGUACCCAUCACUAUGUUCCAUGAUGGUAAACCCGACUGUCCUGACGGAAGUGAUGAAUGGUGCUUUUUUGGUCAAAUCAAGUGCGGUGCAUAUUGCGUUGAUAUGUUGCAUGCAGUUAGCUGUUUCUUCUCAUCAAAAUGUGACAACUCAAACCGUCAGCCACCAUGGUGCUCAAUAUCAAAGGAAAAGAUCUGUGGUGAUCCCAGUGCAUUUCCAUGUAGAGGAUAUGGUGAGUGUGUGUUGUGGCCGUGGUUGCUUGACGGUAAAAGGCAUUGCAUCGAUGGAAGCGACGAAGUAUGCGAGGAGCUUCCUUCGUAUCGUCGUAUAAUUCUGCUCUCUAUUUCAGAUCGGCUGUAUGUGAAAACGUUGGAAACAUCGUUCCGGUGUUUCUACAACCGUACGAAAAAAAUCGCCAUGCCUCCGCCGCUCAACUAUACUGACAGAUCUCUGAAAUCUUUUAACCGAGUUGUUUUGCCCGGUAUUCGGCCACCUCUGUAUCCGACUUUAUUUCCAGCACCUCUUACCGCAUUCACAUUUCCGAAUAUGUUUUUCACUCCACCACCCUCGCUUAAGCUACCACCUCCUGUUCAUCUUUCAAAAAUUACCGGUUUACCAGCAUUGCCACCACCAUUUCCUACACUAGCUGUUAAACAGUCAGUACCUGUACCAUAUUCGCCUACUAAAGAAGCAAUAUCUCUACCUGAUCUGCUCACAGCUCCCGACUAUCCUUUUGAUUAUCCAUUCCUCCAACAAACUACUUCGCCUUAUACACAAAACCCUCUCGACUUCCCGGAUAAUAUUAUUUCUAUAGAACAAGGCCUACAACCACUACACCCUACUACUCCCACCACUGAUCAUUUAUCUGUCUCCAGCUCUUCCUCAUUUGAGAAUCGGCAAGGAAUACCUACAAAGCACGACUAUGGUCAUAUCAGAGGACGUAUGAAAUCGACAACGCCUUCUUCUUCGACGGGUAGGCUCACUCAUAUCCGAGUACUUGCCGGAGGUAAUGAAGGAAAUUCUCUUCAAGGAGAAAAACACGUUGUUGAUCCACUCCGAGAGAAUAUAGAACACAAAAUAUCUGAUAAAGGAAGUGGCGGUACUGAAAAAGCAGAGUCAUUUUCAAAAUUUGAAAAUAGUGCUAUUCCGAAUCCGCAGUGUCACAAGAUACGCAUGUGUUCAGAGGCUCCACUGUGUGAUGAUGUUUCCACAAAUUUUUGCCAUCGUCAUGCUAAUUGUAUGGUUGAAGACGUGCGACUGAAAUGUGUGUGUAAGUUAGGAACGAACGACACAUCUAAUGGACUUGGUAGAAUUUGUGAAGGUACUCCAGUUGACGACUGUAUUAUGAUACUCGGAGCAUGCCUAAUAUUCUGGUUGAUUAUUCUGCUGGGAUUACUGCUACUUAGUCCGUUGAUUUUUUUUUUAUUCCGUUUUUGUCCACGUCAUGAGAAUACGGUUCAUCCAAGAAAGGAAGCAUUUGGCACUGUGAGUGGUAACAGACCGGAAACGUUACAGCAGCUAUCACGUACGACAUCAACUCAUUCGAUUGGUGUUCAGCCAACUAUCUGGGAAUCAUAUCAAGCUCUAGGUGAUCAGUAUGUAAAACGCGAUGUUAUUGGUAAGUUUGUGUUAUUCACAUACUCCCGUACUUGGCAAAGCAGUCUAUCUGUUUUUAGGAGUAAUCUAAGUGAAAAAUUAGCUGAAAUGCUUGGAGUGACGCUGGAUACGUCAACUACAACAACAGCUGCUUUGCAACCAACACUGAGCAGCGCAACUGUAACUACUUCACAACCAGCAGAAUCAGGAUCAAAGGAGCAAUCAGAUGAGCAAAUCGUUGAAGAGAUCUCACGCUACGGCGUUAUCCUACCGCUUUCAACUACGACGUUAACAGAAUUACCACUUGAUGAAAAAGUUGUUGAAAACGUCACUGAUUCGAAGAAAUUUAAACGUCCAAGAAGUCGAGUUUCAUCUAGAGCCUCAAUCAACACCAAGGAUUCAGAUAAGCUAAAGCAUCUCAAAAGUCAAGGUUCAUCCAGAGUUUUAACCUCCACUAGUGAAUCCGGUCAAAUGAGACCUAGAGGUCGAUCAUUGUCCGGAUUUUCGACUGGCAUCAACGAUUCAAUCAGAGUGGGGCAUUCUAGAGGCCAAGUUUUACCCACACUUUCAAUGACCAGUUACGAUUCAGAUAAAGUUGCAACAUUCAAAGAAUUAGCGAAGAUAGGAAGAAGAAGAGAGCGAAAUUUGGAUACGAGAAAACUUCAACGACGUCCUCACCGCCAAUUGUCCAGUAUUUCCGAGAAAAGCGCCGAGAUCGCAGCCGAAGCAGCGCUCCACUAUCAACACGAUUAUUCUAUUUCAGCACCGAACACGACACGUCCACUAUCAAUACAGCGUCGUUGUACUCUAAGUGAAAGUUUAUGGGAACCUCUUGGAAGAGCGCAAGAACCUGUGGUGUCAUCGCCGGAAAUUCCAGAUGUGACAAUGCGUCGAUCCAUAGAUCGUUCGCCAGCGUUUAUUUCGCUGCCAUAUGUCUGUUCGAGAAGGAAAUCAAAGAGGAAAACAGGUGAAACUAGUGAAGAGGAAGACCUUCACCAUCCUGGACCAUCAAAAGAAGUCGCAAAUUCUCGAAGUUCUGAUGAUAAAAAGGUAUUAAGAAGCAAGGCAUCUAUGGAUGAUGAAAUGCCUCAUUCUUCCCGAGCACUACACCAUGCGCUAAUCAGUCGGAAAAUCGCCACACGUCGUUGUGAAACGCACGCCACUAAAUCUACAAGUGAUCUGGCAGCAGAACAUAGCAAAGGUACGUCGAUGAAUAAACUACAUAUGACAUGCCGAUCGUACUCGUCAUUUUAUCCACCGAACUUCAGCUUGAACUCUGAUAAUAGUCGAUCCGUACUAAAUUCACCGUCAGGCUGUUUCCGCAGGACUUCGAGUAAAUUCUCGUUGAAAAGCCUAUCGAUAAGACCAAGUUCGACCAUUGAAUUCUCUCCUUACUUCAUACCGGAAGCUGAUGGUGAUAAACCACCGAAAGAGGAAUUGUGGUGGGAAAAUGUUCCACGGUCAAAAGACGGGCCUUUUAGAUGA